UGCGUUUCAGCCAUGUCUUUAUUUACUGUAGCUCUUUUAAGUUUAAUUUUCUACUUUUGUUCUGUGACAAAUGCAGAUCUGGACACGGAAUCUAGAAUUGUACUAUUGGAAAAGAUCAUGCAUGACCGCAUGGCACACCUGGAAAAAAUUGUGCACGAGCAAAAAGACGAAAUUUACCAGUUGAGACAAGAAGUAACUUUUCUUCGAUCACAUGUAGACCAAACCAGCAGACAGACCAAAUCACCAAAACAAAUAUCGCCUAGGACCAAGUUAACUGACGAUGACGCGGAUGAUGACGUACCACUUAAAAAUUUGCAUGUGGAACAUAGUGAACAUCAAACAAAGAAAGAUAAACGACUCUUGGUAAACAACAUUGUAAGUAAUCGCAUCGCCUUCUACGCUUAUAUGAAGAAACACGAACCAAUUCAACAGCACAAAACUCUUAUAUACGAUGUCAUCAAAAUUAACUUUGGCAACGGGUAUAACAACAACACAGGGGCGUUUACAGCGCCAUCAAGUGGCGUUUAUGUCUUGACCUUCACAGUUCACCCAGGAAGUAGUAGCAGCUUUGCUAGUGUUGACAUAAUUGUUAACAACGAGCAGGAAGGAGCUAUAUACUCUGACAGCAACGAAGGCACACAUGAUCUGAAUGCGGCGACUGCUGUUGUAGUUGUCUGGAUGAACCAAGGCGACGUAAGCUUCGUCAGGACUUCCACAACGCAUCCGGCCGUUGGGUCUAUACGGAGUGAUGAUGGAGGAAGAUCUAGUUUUGCAGGAUGGAAAAUAUCCGAUUAA